GCGGGAUAUUCCCUGGGCACUGUCCACAUCAGCCCUAACGCCCAGGCGGAGCAGGCGAUUGGUCGUGGGCAAGUCAUGCGAAGCUGAAUGUGAAGCAUGAAUCUUCUGGAAUGGGGGGCAGCAAGGGACCCAGCGUCUUGGCAGGCGAGCAGCCCCCCGUUUUUGACAUCAAGCCCCCCGUGGCCAGGCGUCGAUUUACAAAGUCCACAUUUGGACCUCAGGUGGCCAACAGCUACACACCCUGCGUUAACGUCUGUGCUCUCUCUGCAGAUUCUUUCCUCCAGGCUCACAGAGCCAUCGGUGCGAUUUGGGCGAGGAUGUCGCAUUGGAAUGGAGAAGCUCUACAUCGAUGCCGAGAUUUCCAAACUGACACCGGGGCUGAGCCCAGGUAUGAAAUCAUGCAUGCCGAUAGCUCAUCAUCUCAUGAUUGCAUUUGUGGAGACAGGGCCUGCAUACGAGCUAGUUCCCUCCAUCGGGAAGCAAGUCAAGUCGGACUACCAGAACCCCGCAGAAGUUGCGUUCCCCUUGGCAAGACGCUUCACGAAGUUCAAAGGAGGAGACGCACCCGGGCCCGGAGCAUACGAAAAGGCAUCGUCUUUCGGAGACCAGGUGCUCUCGUACCAAAAGUCGCCGGAGAAGGCAGUCAUCGGUUCCGCGACAAGGAAGCAGCAGCAGAAAGUGUACCUGAGUCAAGACUUCAACAAGAGCUUGUACGGAAUAGAGUCCCCAGGACCGGUGGUGUGUGACCUGAGGUCAUCCAUUGGUGACCAGAUGCACUCGGAGAACAGGAACGCUCCACACAUCAAGUUCCCCAUGGACAAGCGCUUCAAGGUCCGUAAAGAACAAGAGUUGUCGUUGUUAUUCAUGAAUUAUUCACCGUGGCAGCAUGGCAAGAUCUCGGCGAUCACAGCGACGCCCGGAGCAGGAGAGUAUAAAUGUGUGGCCGCAAUCGGGAAGCAGCCCCAGUCGAGCAGGCUCAAUCAACCUGUCAUCUCUUUCACACACUCCCGACGAGAACAGCGGGAGAAGAUUUUCAUAUCUGUGGAGCACGAGAGAGGCAACGUCGGCUUGGAGUCGCCAGGACCGGCUGUGAAUAUCAAGCUCAUAUCAUCCUUGGGCCAACAGCCAAACUCGAAGAAGGUGUCGCCUCCGAGCUACUCCUUCAGCGGCGCCAAGCGAUUCAAGAGGGUGUACGAGACACUGCCGGGGCCUGGGGAAUACGACUGCUGAUCCAGUCUCUGUUGUCUAGCUCUAGUAACGUGACUGAAGACGAGAGAGAGAGAGAGAGAGAGAGAGAGAGAGAGAGAGGGAGAGGGGACAUAUGAAUCGUCUCCCCGACUCAGGCCCAGUAGAUUUCUCCAGCUAAUUCCACAAACUGAUGUA